CCAAAUGGUACAAGUUUCAGUUCAUAUCAAUCCCUUUCUUCCUGCAACCCCGCAUCUUCCAACCCGUCGAAAUCUAACAUGGAAAAUCAGUGAAGCUAAUUCCUCGUCUUCUCCUGCUUCUAGUAGUUGUGGGUAUAGCUACGAUAAACAAAGGACUGAUGGUCAACUAGUAUUGCCAAAGAAGAAGAGAAGCCGGGUGUUCUUUCUAGAUGUUAAUCCUCUGUGCUAUGCUGGAAGUAAACCCAGCUUACACUCUUUUGCUAACUGGGUCUCCUUAUUUUUCAACCACGUCAGCCUCUCUGACCCUGUCAUCGCUGUUGUUGAUGGUGAAAGAGGAAGCGAGCACCGCCGGCAGUUGCUGCCUUCGUAUAAAACACACAGGUGGAAAUUGUCAAGACAGUUUUCAAAAGGUCAUGUUGGAAGGUCACAUGGACUCAUCACUGAUGUUUUUACAAAAUGCAAUGUGCCUGUCAUAAAAAUAGAUGGCCAUGAAGCUGAUGAUGUUAUAGCUACUCUUGUGGAACAAGUUCUACAAUUAGGAUAUCAAGCUGUGAUUGCGUCUCCUGAUAAAGAUUUUAAGCAAUUGCUUUCAGAGGAUGUCCAAAUCGUUAUGCCCCUGGACGAUUUAGAGCGCUGGUCCUUUUACACCCUUAAGCACUACAUGGCUCAGUAUAAUUGUGAUCCGUGCUGUGAUUUGAGCCUCAGAUGCAUUGUGGGAGAUCAGGCUGAUGGUGUUCCUGGGAUCCAACAUCUGGCUCCUGGGUUUGGUCAGAAGACUGCCCUGAAGCUCUUGAAAAAACAUGGCUCAUUGGAAAAUUUACUGAACAUAGCUUCAGUAAGAACUGUGGGCAGACAGUAUGCGCAAGAUGCUCUUACAAAGUAUGCGGAUUAUCUACGAAGGAACUAUGAGAUUCUUGCCCUUAGAAGGGAUGUCAAUGUUCAACUUAAAGAGGAGUGGCUUGUUCCAAGAGACACAAGCAACGAUUCAAAUACUUUGUCCAACUUCUUUAAAUUCUUGGAAGAAACUAAGGAGUUCAUUCAUCAAAAUGGAUCUAUUUCAAAUGGCUAAGUUAAUAGGUUUUCUUUUGCCAGUGACACGAAUAGAAGUGUCCAAGUGCCCAAGAUGCCAACAGGGCUUUGCUUUCAUUCUUUUCAAAAACUAGGUACUACAGUCAGUAAUAUGAUAAAUGUACGGAUUAUACUGAUGAAGUUUUGACCGUUUUGAAUUUAUAAAAUUUACGUAGUACCCCAACAGACGAGCACAAGGCAUUCAAAGAUGGAUUGUCGAGUGGACUACACCUGUGAUUUACCUCUUGUUUCAUUUUCUUUUCCAUGCCUGUUCAACUAACUGUCCAUUGCUUUUAUUUGUUUUCGACAAAGAGAAAUUGCAAUUAGACUGUUAAAAUCACCAAUAUUAACAGGAUGCUUGUAACGUGAACGAGGAAAAGCAUAAAAUCAUAGGCAAACCAAAGGAAUAUCUCUGGACGUGGAUUCAGGAAAGCAGACUAGUAACAAGCAACCAAGAUGAAAAAACUUAAUGGCAACCAUACUUGUAACAAUGGAAUG